CUCCAAGCCAUGCGGAUAAUUGUGCGGAUUUGCCGGUCAAAGCCCGGCUACGCACUCUUGCAUCUGCUUGCCGAUGGCCAGCAGGCUUGUACCACGCCUUCCUGCGAGCGUCCAGGGGAGAAAACCUCGCAACCAGAGGACCUGCCUGAUCAGAUGCUGGACAUGAUUUCCUCUGCAAUCAGUCAAGGAUGUGCAGCCGAAGCAUUGCUGGCGCUGUCUCUGAUUCCCUCCGUCAUAGACCAUUUUGGCUUUUCGGAGGGCAUGCGGCGACAUGGUAUUGCUGACUUUCUGGCCUGGCGAAUCAGUGCAGAGUCUCAGCUGGUUGCCCAGGAGCAAAAGUCAGACACGGAGACCGAAUGGACUAGCUUCUUGCCGAUGGAGCUGACGGACCCUAGAACGGCUCCCCAAUGCCUUUAUGAGUUGAGCAGGGGGCAACCCUAUCAGUUUGGGGAUUGGACCCUCCUGAGGACAGGCCCGUCCUCAAUGGUCGCCGUGCAGGAGUUUGCACUCCUCUGGAUAGAAGUACUUUUUAAGAAGUUGAAAGAAACACCCGAAGUCCUGGAGCCUGUUAUAGCUGCCUACCUCGUGACCAGACCGGACGACACCCUGGAAGCUAGACGUUCCUCUCUGGAGCAGGAGAACGAUAGAGUACGGCGAGAAAUUGCUGAUGGUCUUCAAAUGCGGAUUUUUAUGUUGGAAAAGACGCCUGGCAAGAGCCUUUUACCAUCUCAAGGUAUUUGCAGUUUAUUGAGUUCUGCUCUACCUUCGUUUAUUUCUGGGAAAAUAAUGCGCGAGCAGGCAGUAAAUCCAUCGGAAAAACUGCUUGAGGUAGCCAACACUAUCCUUAGGGUGUACUAG